AUGUCACGUCCACCGUCUCCUUCUUCCGUCGGUGGCGACAUCAGUCACGCCGCCGCCGAUAGGCCAACGCCACAGUGGACCGCCUCCCAAUUGGUGUGGAGCGGCAAGCCCUCGAUCAUCUGCUUCAUCGCCGAGGUCAGUGAGUACAAUCGCCUACACAUCAGCGAGUUCGAUGAAGGGGGUUGCAACUGGUGCGCGAAGAUCUACCCCGACGGCUGCAAGGGUUCGUCCGAUGCCGGCUGGGUCUCCGUCUUCCUGCAGCUUCACCGUGGAAGUGGCAUCGAGGACGAGGCCACCAUGGCGCAGUUCAGCGUCAGCUUGCUCGACCAGGACGGGGAGCCGGUGCCGUCCUACAGAAGAAACAGCUCCACGAUCCGCCGCCUCGGUUCCAAAGACCAAUAUGGGUAUCGCUGGUUUAUCGCGGGCCAAGACUUGAAGAGAUACCUAAGAGAUGAUUGUUUCAGGGUCAGGUGCGAAGUCAUCGUCAACAAUAUCUACGGGAAGCCCAUGGUCGCUCCACGGCCUGUCGUGGUGCCGCCAUCCGACCUGCAACGGCAGCUCCUCUCCCUCCUGAGGAGCCAAUGA